UGUCAUGGCAUCAUAAGCCACUCGUCCAUGAUCAUCUGGCUCUACACGGUUCUCUAGAGCGUUCGUUAGCAUCAUGUACAGUCGUGCGCCAAGAGAACUGACCCAAGCGAAGCGAGAAACGGCUGAUCAUGUUGGUCCAGGAAUCUACGAGAUCCCCGACAAGAAACAAGGAGCAGAAGGAUAUGCUCCAUUUCUCUGCAUGAAGACUCGUGACUCAAUUUUUCAAGUGGCUGAUCAGGUUGUGGUAGCUCCUGGUCCUGGACACUAUAAUCCAGUUUUGCCAAGCACAGUUGUUGGAUGCAAGGCUCUAGCUGCUAAGAGUCAGCGAUUUUCACAGCCACGGCAAAGAGCCCCUGGUCCAGGGACAUACUCGUUAUCAAAAUCGACAGACUGGCUGAGGCAAACAUAUCCUCCUGUCAAGUCAGCUUCAAAAAGUCGCCUUCGCUAUGAGCGUCAGAGGGCAGCACCAUCCAUUCCUACUCCAGGACAGAGUUACGGCUAUGAAGACAUGGAUGGAACGCUUGUAGCACAAGAUGCACCAACGAGGGACAAGACCAUGGGUCCAGCGUAUUACAAAGUUUCUCAUGAUGAAACUGAGACAACCAAGAAAUAUAAGGGAGUACAUUUUGGGAGUUUGACAUCACAGAGAAUGAAGUUUGCAGGAAAGAUCGGUCCUGGUCCAGGAGACUACAAUUAUUAUCAAGAGAAAGCAGAAGACUCUGAGAUUCAUGCUUCAUCGGCAUCUGGAAGAAGCAAGAAAUUCGAAUCAAAGCUUCCUCGUUACCACGAGCUGGUAGAAAAACAAGAAAAGAAGAAGGCUGUUCCUGGUCCUGGCAAGUACAAUAUUACAGGGAAAUUUGAUGAGCAUUUGGAUCCUGAUAUUGACCAACCGGAAAAGGCACCGUUUGGAUCAUAUUCAAAGAGAUUUAUUUCAGUAAAAGAUAAUACGCCUGCACCGGGUGCAUACAACGACCCAAGAACGUCCCUUGAAGUGACUAAACGAAUCAGUGGCCUGAAGCGUAGUCCAUUUGGGCAAACGUCUGCACGUUUCAAGCGUGAACACCGCAUCAGAAACACUCCUGGUCCGUGUGCAUACAACAAUGAUGAAGUGAGCAGCUUGGCUGGAGCACUGUCAAGGAAAGCAGUUUCCUCAAGUACAAGAAAGGGAGGCUUCGGAACAACAUCUUUUAGAACAGCUCCACUCACAAGAAGAAAUGAAAGCAACAUUCCAGGUCCUGCCCACUACAUGCUAGACAAACCGUCUUCAAAACCAAAACCACUUUCAAGUACAUUCGCUUCGAUGACAUCUCGACUUCCUUCCCCUCCUGCAGUUCAGCAAGACAUUCCCUCACCAGGAUCUUAUGAAGUCUCAAAGUCACAUGACAUUAGCCAGGGCAAAGGCUUUAGCUCAAGGGUACAACAGAGUGCUCCACGACCCUCUUUUGGUUUGACCACUGAGAGGUUUGCUCUUCCACGAGAUAUUCUAGUGCCUGGCCGCACCGACGAUGACAACCCAGGCCCGGGUCAGUAUGAGACUCAACAGCUUCAGGCGACUGCCAAGAAUGGCCUCAUGGUGACACAAGACAAAAGAUUCAAGGAUGGAGAUAAUACAGUACCGGGACCGGGGGCUUACACAUUCAGUCCAUUACAUCAGCACAGUGUUCUACGAAGCACGUUCAACGUCACUCUCGGUAAUCCCAUCUUGGAGAACGAAGUGUGGCAGCAACAACAGCAAUCAGCACCUCACACCAGACAAACAUUUGUAUUUGGUGUAUGAUGAUGGCAUGACCAGCAGAGACGAGGGAUGUCGGUGAGACAGGACUAAAUGCAA